CGACCACCUGAACUUUGAGCCAGACAGGACCCCUCGAUUUCCUUACCACAUAGGAGAACCGGAGAGAGCAGCCUGGCAGUUCAAGAUGGGCACGCGCCGAGAGCCGAUUCUUCCCCAGCCGGGGAAAGAGAAUAUUCUCGUCACCAGCGCUCUGCCCUACGUCAACAACGUGCCGCACUUGGGCAACAUCAUCGGCAGUGUUCUGUCCGCCGACGUCUUCGUCAGGUUUUGCCGCGCGAGGGGUCUCCCAACGAUUUUUGUGUGCGGUUCAGAUGAGUAUGGCACCGCAACAGAGACCAAGGCGCUCUCCGAGGGGGUGGAUCCGGCCACGCUGUGUGCCAAGUAUCACGCCAUCCAUAAGGAGAUCUACGACUGGUUCAGGAUCGACUUUGACGUCUUUGGUCGCACUCCCACGGACGAGCACACCGCGAUCGUCCAGGACAUUUUCUCCCGCCUCUGGAAGAACGGCUUCAUCGAGGAGCGCGAGACCACGCAGGCUUACUGCCCGACUCACUCAUCCUUCCUGGCGGACCGUUACGUCGAGGGCGAGUGCAGCAUCUGCCACGACAAGGGUGCUCGUGGCGACCAGUGCGACGCCUGUGGCAACCUCCUCGACCCCCUCGAGCCGGACAGGGACGCCUCGGGAAACCAGGAGACCAAAGCGACCGGUUGGCUGAUCAACCCGAGGUGCAAGCUCGACGGUACCGCCCCUGAAAGGCGCAAGACUAAGCAUCUCUACCUUCGCCUCGACGCCCUCCAGCCUGAGCUUGAGAAAUGGCUCCAGGCGGUCGAGAAGGGGUGGAGCGCGAAUUGUGUUUCUAUCACCCACUCUUGGCUGGACCAGGGUCUCAAGCCCCGUGGUAUCACAAGAGACCUCAAAUGGGGUGUUCCGAUCCCCGACGGCCUCGAGGGUCUGUCUGACGAGGACUACGCUAAGAAAGUCUUCUAUGUCUGGUUCGAUGCUUGCAUCGGCUACCCCUCGAUUACCAAAACGUACACCGAUGCGGGUAAUCUGGAGGGCAAAAACUGGGAGAAGUGGUGGAAGAAUCCGGAUGAAGUGUCCCUUUACCAGUUCAUGGGGAAGGACAAUGUUCCGUUCCAUACCAUCAUCUUCCCCGCCUCCCAGAUCGGUACGAGGGAGAACUGGACAAAACUCAAGACUCUGUCCACGGCUGAGUACCUCAACUACGAGGGCGGCAAGUUCAGCAAGUCGAAGGGCGUCGGUGUCUUCGGCAAUAACGCUCGUGAGACUGGCAUCGACCCCGACAUCUGGAGAUACUACCUCUUGUCAAGGCGGCCAGAAACCAGCGACUCGGAAUUCAAAUGGGAGGAGUUUGUCGAUGCAAACAACAACGAUUUGCUCAAGAACCUGGGUAAUCUGUGCCAGCGUGUCGUCAAAUUCUGCCAGGCCAAGCUGGAAGGUGUCGUGCCCGAGUACGACCUCUCAAAAUUCCCCGCCCUCCUCCAACACAAACAAGAAGUGAACAAGCUCCUUCAAGACUAUGUCACCGACCUCAAGGCUGUGAAGUUGAGGGCAGGCUUGGCCACUGUCAUGAGUAUCUCUGCGCUUGGCAACAAGCUGCUCCAGGACAACAAGCUCAGCAAUCAGCUCAUUGCCGAGGAGCCCGACCGCUGCCGUGCUGUGAUCGGCCUUGCGCUCAACCACCUCCACCUUCUGGCCCAGGUUCUCUCGCCCUACAUGCCCGAAAAGGCGCAGUCUAUCCUCAGGCAACUUGGGAUCAAGGGGUCCGAUGGGGAGACAGUCCCGGCACGGAUCCCGGACACCUGGGAAGCGGAUGCUCUGAAGCCGGGCCACGCGAUCGGCACGCCCGAGCUAUUGUUUUCCAACAUCCCCGCAGCGAAGAUCGAGGAGUGGCGUGAGGCAUUCGGCGGCGAGGAGCUUCGCAAGCAGAAGCAGAUCGAGGCGGAGAAGGCCGCAGCCAGAAAGGCGGCGAGAGAAAAGGAGAAGGAGAAGAAGAAGCUUAAGAAAGCCGCCCAGGCUGCUCAGGCGGCCGCGGCCCAGGGGGAGACCUCAACAUUGCCUAUCCGCCCUGCUCCGGGUAACCAGGCUUCCGAGUCUGAGACGAAACCAAAUGAACAGGCCGAGGCCACCGACAAGAAUUGAAGCGGGCAGUGGGCGCAACCUCGAGUGAAAUAGGACCUGAGCCGUGAUCGUGGUAGACUAGAAUAGACUAUCAGCAGCGUGCAGUUCUGACUUCCAGGUCACGCUGGCGAGGACUCGGAAACGUGAAGUGUGACCAAACAGUGAUGCUGCAUCAUUCUUGCAAUCAUUGUUUGAUUUUGCUGCAAGGUUGGUUCAGUAUUAGCUCGGGGUUCUACAGCGGCAAGAAGGUUGAUUCAUCGAUUCAUUGACACGGGUAAAACUUGUUAAUGUGUUGGGAGUCCGACCUGUAUAAUAAUAAUUAUCUAAGGUAACUGACCCGGCGACGGAGGAAAAGCACGUAAUUAGACAUCCGGAGUAUAUAAGCCAUUUUCG